CUAGCUUCGGUCCGGGCAGGCUGAGGGGAAAGCUCUGGAAUGGCGGACGGCUGGGACGGUUCGCUCCGGUGGUGACGAGCUGAGGGGAGGGGGGCACGGAGGAGGCGGCUGUGGGCGGAACGCCGCCUGAAGCUACUCCACCAUGCCAUUAGUAACAAGAAACAUCGAGCCAAGGCACCUGUGCCGCCAGACAUUGCCCAAUGUUCGGAAUGAGCUGGAAUGCGUGACCAACAUCACCCUGGCAAAUGUCAUUCGACAGCUGGGCAGCCUGAGUAAGUUUGCAGAAGACAUAUUUGGAGAGCUUUUUACUCAGGCAAACACCUUUGCCUUUCGAGUGAGCUCUCUAGUCGAGAGAGUUGACCGCCUGCAGGUCAAAGUCACUCAGCUGGAUCCCAAGGAGGAAGAAGUGUCCCUGCAAGGCAUUAACACCAGGAAAGCUUUCAAAAGCUCCACAACUCAGGACCAAAAGCUCUUUGACAGAGACUCUCUCCCCGUGCCUGUCCUCGAAACAUACGAUGUUUGUAAUAUGCCACCACCUCUUAACAUCCUCUCCUCGUACAGGGAUGAUGGCAAAGAAGCACUUAAAUUCUAUACAGAUCCAUCAUAUUUCUUUGAUCUUUGGAAGGAGAAAAUGCUGCAGGACACCAAGGAUAUCAUGAAAGAGAAGCGGAAACAUAGGAAAGAAAAGAAAGAUAAUCCGAACAGAGGAAAUGUGAAUCCUCGGAAAAUCAAAACCCGGAAGGACGAAUGGGAGAAAAUGAAAAUGGGACAAGAGUUUGUCGAGUUGAGGGAAAAACAUGGACCAGGAGGGUAUCCCUCUAAUAUGGUGUAUCAGAACGGCAGCAUUGGCUCCAAUGAGAGUGUCGAUGCCAGCUACUACCCCCCUCCUCCGCAGCCAGAUUCAAUUUCAUCUUCCCCCCCUUCAUUUACAGAGGAUAAUCUCCCACCACCACCAAUGGAGUUCAGCUAUCAAGCACACAACCAAAGCAAUUCUGGAGGGCUGAGAAAACCCAGCCUAGUCAGCCCAAGCCACCCUCCACCGGCUCCACCCAUUGGCUCACCACAGGGGGCCAGGCCAGGCUUUGCACCGCCUCCUGCACCACCACCACCACCGCCGACGAUGGGCGUUCCUCCACCACCACCACUUGUAGGCUUCCCAACUGCAGGCAUCCCGCCGCCGCCAUCCCCACCCUCCUUCCCACCUCACCCCGAUUUUGCUGCCCCUCCACCGCCCCCCCCUCCAGUAGCAGAAUAUGCUCUUGUGCCUCCACCUCUGUCACCUCAGCCAGCAGGUGGUGCCCCGCCCCCUCCUCCUCCCCCACCCCCUCCUGGUCCUCCUCCUUCGUCUUUUGGUGGCCUGGAUGGUCCAGAGGCUCCUGUCCCACAACCAGAUGCGGUGUCCUCCAAGCCCAAGUCCUCGUUGCCUGCUGUUAGCGAGGCUAGAAGUGACUUGCUUUCUGCUAUUCGCCAAGGAUUCCAGCUCCGUAAAGUGGAGGAGCAGCGUGAACAGGAGAAACGAGACGUUGUGGGCAAUGACGUGGCCACCAUCCUUUCACGCCGCAUCGCGGUAGAAUAUAGCGAUUCCGAGGAUGAUUCUUCAGAAUUUGAUGAGGACGACUGGUCCGAUUAAAUGCCUGCCCAGCCUCCAAGCCAUCUUGGGGAAGAAGGGGCAAUGGAAGAGAGAAGCCCACAUAACAUCCCAGAUUGCCAAAACUUUUUUUCCCACUUUUCUCUCUCUCAUCCAAUAACCAAAGAUCAGUGCACCAGAUUUCUAAAACCAUUUUUUCAAUGAUGGAUCUUGUGCCUCCUUCCAAGCAAGAAGGAAAAUGAAACUAAACUCAGAUCUCCAGAUUCUCAGGGUCUUAUAAAGAAAAGAAAAAAAAGUCUGGUUAAAGAUUUCUCUUGGGUUGGGAAGGUACAAUUUUUGUAAGGCUUAAAAUUGCAAGACCUGUUGCAGUCAAGAAGUGUUCUUCAAGAUGACUAGCAUCUUGAAGGGAAAUACCCUUGUAGGCAAUGCUCUUUUGCUUUGCAUUUGUGUGUCAGGCAUUGGAAAUACUCAGCAGUAACUUUCCUUCUCCAGUCAAAUUGGGGAAUGGGCUUAAAUUUCUGCUCCCAACCCAUCUUUAAAUGCUGACUUCAAAUCCUAAAGCAGAUAUUUUGAGAGAGUUGCACUAUAUACAGUUAGGAUCUUCUAAAAAUUGAUCCCCCCCACACACACAAAGUCCUGUUACAGCACUGUGUAUGCCCCCACCCCACCCCAGGAAUGACCCAGAGGAUACAGUCUUUUUGAAUGGUUCCAUAUUGCCUAACUGGUCUCCUUCAUAAUGUAGUUGGUACCACAUAAAUUGGGGUGAAUAUUCCACCAUAUGCCACAAAUAGGAAUCCAUAAGCACUGGGCAUGGUCUUGUAUUGCAGUCUAUGGAGUUCCACAGGGGGUCCAUAAGUGAACCAGGUGUUGUUGUUUUAAAUUACAAGGAGGGGACGCUUUAUGCUGGAGGCUGAGCUGCAGCAAACCCAAGCCAUUAGCUCAAGUAUGCUGCCUCUCCAGCUAACAAAUGGGAGCUUUCAGUAAUAAAAGGUAUCUGUUGAUGGACCAGGUUGGUCAUCUGUAAUAUACAUGUAGCCUGCUUUACGAGCUUGCUUUAACCCUUCAGUAGUUAGUUCUGAGAUAUUUUAUCAUUACUGUUAGAGGAUAAAAUCUACAGAUCCCUAACUUCAAUUGCAAGGUUGGUUUAUAGAGAGAACUGUUAUAGAUGAAGGUCUUAACUAAGGUUUAAUUAAGCUCCAGACAGCAACAUUAGAUGCACAUGCCUCUUUCUAGAAGGGGCCUUUUAAAACAGCUUCUCUGGGUUUUCUUGACUGAGAGCUGGCAUGCAGAGUAUCAAGGGGCAGGUCCGUAAAUUUAUCUGUGGAUCCUGGGGACUGGAAUGAUGCCGGCCGCUCCCAUAAUGAGGGUUAUGGGAUUGCGCAUGGCAGCAGAGUGUGCUCCUGUUUUUCCCCCCUGGUCUCAGGUUCUUUACCCUACUGUAUGCCUGUCCUUCCUUUCUCACUAGGAUGUGCCUUAUAGUCACUUGCAUACACCAAAGGAAAGCUCUUACAGGUAAAGAGGUUGUCUUGUUCCUUUCUACCUUGUGUUUUCAAACCCUUAUUGCCUGCCCACUUUCUUUAAAGAACUUCUGAUGCCAAAUCAUAGACCAGAGCUUAGUGUUGCAUUCAGCCAAGGGACCAAGGAAUCAACAGCAGGCAAAGCUUUGCUUCAGACUGAACUCAAACCCCCGGUGUGGGGAGAGGGGAGAAUUCAUGUCUAAACUGCCCUGGGGUAGCUCCUUCAGACAUUCCCUGCUGUAAGUCUGGUGCUUUUCCUUGUGGCACUGAGCAGCCUUAAACCCAUUAUGCCUGUAUGCUGAGGAAAGGGCGACAGGCCCUUUGCUGGUGGGUUAUGAAGCCUUACAAAGCACUCUAAAUCUUAGAACACAAGAUACUUACAGAAACGGUUCUAGGCUCUAGGUUCUCUUCUAUUUAUUGGUCCUAAAGAAAAAGAUAUUUUACGUGGCAGAGGGGAGAGCCUGGAUGCUGCUUUUACAUAGAACAUGUAUCCUAGAAAGUGCUGUUACCUGCUGUGAUUUGGAACACAAAGUUUAUGUUCAGGCACGAAGAUCGCCAGCUGGCUUAUAAUGGGCUGAAAUGACCUCAGUCUGUUUUGUAAUCUGCCUUCUAUCGCCUCCCAGUCUUUGCAACAAAACCUGCAGCUUUGUCACUAGCAUUGAGGAAUGAUGCUUGUAUGUGGCCUCCUGGGGCAUCUCUAGACCUUCCUGGAGGGAGUGGGGAGGCGAGAUCCUCCCCCUCAGUCCACACACGGCAUGUGAAGUCCUGGGACAAAGGAGGACAUCACGCCCGCCAUUUUUAAAAAAAUUGAAGAUGAGUGCACGAGCACUCCAUCGAAAAGGUAAUUUAAGGAAAAAAAGAUCCCCUCCCCCCCUCCCACCCCUGAUGGGCACAGAACUCCUGAAGAGCCCCAUGCCUGGUCCCUGGCUCCUUGCAUUUACUCACGAGGAGCCAGGAUGGCCUCCCACACAUCCUGUGGUCUCGGGACAAUCCCAAGACUGGAAAAAGUUGGGAUUAAAGCUGUCCUGGUUAUCCCAGGGAAAGAGAGGGAUCAUCCCUCCCUGCGCCCGGGAUCCCCUGUGUGUCAUGUGCGUCAGGGUGAUCCCUGGGAUAAACACUGGUGUAGACAUGCCCCUGGUUAUUCCGGUAUGAACAAAUAGUCCGCCAUGCAAACCAGGAUAAUGAAUAAUGGGCUGGGUUACCCAUGAAUACACAGCUACCAUCAUUUUGUACUGAUGAUUUUGGUAGUAAGUGUGGCUGCUUUCCCAUGCCCACUGGGUGGCAGUUUCCAUCUGAGUGGGUUAUCAAGUCUACACAACGGGGUGGGAACAUAGUGGGCAUCCGAAAGUAAUUCAAAAUAACAUCUGCUUAGACUUCUAAAAGACUGACAGUGGUGCUAACUCUGUUGGCCUUCAGAGAUGGAUAUAACAAACAGAAUAUUUCAACCAGGACUUCAGAAUGAAGUUAGUAGUAGCUCGAGGCUGUCCCUCCUAAAUCUCAAUGGGGUUUCCUCCUUUCCUGUUUAAAGAGGUGUAAUUCCCUGCUGAGGAAUGACAUGACAGUAAAAACUCACUGCAGUGAGCCUGAAAGAAGGGAUUGGCUGUCCAGAUUGCCCUACGUUUGAAUGAUAACAAUCUUGCCCAGCCUCUGACUCACCAAGCUGGUCACAGUCCACCAGACAUGUAACGCAGGACCGGCCGGUCAAAUGCGGGACAGCAUCCCCACCCCUUUGUGGGACAGCAUCCACAACCCUUUCUGGCAGUUCUAAUCAAGCACUCAAAACAGUUUCGUUGAGCCUUCUGAUCCAAAGCAAACAAUAACCAUGGAUUAACCAGAAUCUAAAUAGAUGCUUGCCAGGAAGGAUCUCCAAAGCCAGCUUUAUUUCAGCCAUUCUGACUUUUGUCAACCUUGGGGUUGGUGGUAUGCCACCACCACUUGCGUUGUGCAGAAGCACGCCAGUUACUCAGCCUUGCUUUCUCCUUUUUACUUCACAGUAUGUUUCUUAGUAGGUCCUUUACCCCUUUUUAGAGUUUUUCUGGCUUUGAUUUUUAAGUGUUCUUUCUCAUUGUCCUUUGGUCCAAUUCUUGACUGCAGCUUCCCCGCGAUACAGUGUGCUGGGUCCAAAACCUCUUCUACAGUCAUUGAACUUUUCAUUCCUUUCUUUCCUUCUCCAUCACAGCUGACCAAAUCCAAGGAGCAGAGCCCUUGAAAAUCCCACAGAGCUGUGCCAAGCAGCCUUUGGGGAAAUCCAGGACUCUUAAACUGCCUGCUUGGGGAAAGGGGGGCAGAGUCUUUUAACAGGCUGCCCAUGCCUUCAGAACCUCAAGCUGUAUCUCGUUUGAUUUCUUUCAUCAGUGCUUUUUUUAGAAAACAAAAUCUUGGAAGUGUGGGAAGGGCUAAGAGUCUGAUUAUUUUUUAUUUUUUGGUAUUGCAGCUUUUAACAUGAUUCAUUUAAUUGAUUUCAGAAACUAACCCUUUUUUUUCCUGUCUAGAAUGAUAGAUAAUUUCUAUAAGUGCCUUAUUUCAUAUGACACAAGUGAUAUUUAUAAGAGUAAUUAUUUCAGAUGUAUCAUUAGGGUGAACUGUAACAAAUGAUUGAUAUUGAAGGAAUCCUCCUUCUUUUUUAAUAAGCAAACAUAUAUAUCCCUAAAUGGUUGGCUGAUAGAAAAGAGAUACCAGCAGAUGUGCCUUGGUGUCAGUGGGAGAAAACAGUUGCUUAAUUCUUUCCAGUGGAAAAGGGUGUUCAUCAGCCCCAGAGCUGGUUCAUACGCUCCUGAACGCCAACACUGAUUUCCCACGCUGACGAGCAUUUGCAUUUUCACAUGCUGGUCGGGCAUGAGGCAUGCGAUCAGGCAACCUGUUACACAUUGAGAAACUAUGAUAUGCCCAGAAUUGGUUGUUAACAUGGACCAUCCCUUCUCCAACCUGGUGCCCUCCAAAUGUUUUGGACAUCAACUCCCAUCAGCCCCAACCAGCAUGGCCAAUCAUGAAUUCUGGGAGUCGUAGUCGAAACCAUUUGGAAGACACCAGACUGCCAUAGGCUCAUGAGGGAAAAGAGGGAGAAAACACCAUGAAAAGGCUACAAGAAAAAGAGGCUACAAGCUCUGGUGCUAAGAAAUGUCAAAAGAUUUUUAUUUUUAUCCAAAAUAUUAAAACGUUCAAAAAAAAAAACAUUCAACCAAACUUGUACAACGCGUUGUACAAGUUUGGUUGAAGGGUUUUUUUAAAAAAACAUUUUUGUAUUUCAGAUAAAAAUAAAGAAAUUUCUUUUGACAUUUCUUAGCACCAGAGCUUGUAGCCUCUUUUUCUUAUGUCAUAGGCUCAGCCUAUAGGGUAGGUGCAAACAAAUCUGAAUUUGCUGGGAAAUGCUGUAAUGACCCCACCCUUAUUCAUUACUGAGUUCAGUAGCACGUAUUUUUCUGUACAACCUGUUUGCCAGGUGCCAAAUUCUAGUUUGUUCUCCUUGGGUGAGGAAGGGGAAGUAGCAUCAUCGAAUGCAGUUACUUCUCCUUUGGGACACUGGUUUAGAAUUUGGCCUGCCUUGUUCAUCUUAUUGCCUCUGAUUGCAGUUCUUAAUCCAAACUUCUUAAAAUAUUGCUUUUAUAAUCUUCUCAGUCUUGUCUGUCUCUCUUUUCUCGAGGGACGUUUUGUAAUGUACAUGUGAUUGAAAAAAAAUACUUUUUACCAUGUAAACUUCAAAGAAAUGAUAAAUUCUUUCUAGCCAAUCGACAA